AACAAACUAUAAAGUAUAUUAUUUGAGAAAAAAGUACAAGUGAUAAUAAGAAAUAUUGAAUAUAUAUGGCAGCAGUUUUGGAAAUGGAAACUAAAACUACAACAUCCGUUUUUGAGAAGGGGAGUUUUGCCACUAAAUCCAAAUUAUUUAAGGCAGGAGCAUGCUCAUCUCCAAAGUCACUGUUAAUUGUCACUCCAACAAAUGCGGGAACUUAUCCAGUGCUCUUCUUCUGCCAUGGCUUCAUAAUCCCAAACGAAUAUUAUGAAGAUCUACUCCACCACAUAUCCUCUCAUGGAGUUAUAGUCGUUGCCCCUCAGUUGUCCGGGUUUCUUACAUCCGGGCCCAAUGAAAUCAAAUCAGCGGCACAAGUCAUCAACUCGUUAGGAGAAGGUGUCCAACCUUUGAUCGAUGAAUUGGUCGAUGAUAAACAAGCAGCAGUGAGUGCAGACUUGAAAACCGUUGCCCUAGCCGGCCAUAGCAAAGGCGGUAAAAUAGCGUUUGCCCUAGCUCUAGGAAAAUCUCAAGUAAAAUGUAACAUUAAGUUUUCAGUAUUAGUAGGCAUAGAUCCCGUGGAAGGGCCUCGGAAAGGUCAACCAAUUGAACCUCACAUCCUUACAUACGUGCCUCGCUCUUUAGACCUAUGUAUUCCUGUGGCAGUUAUAGGCACCGGGCUAGGCUCUGAGCCUAAAUUUGGGGUCAUUUGUGCUCCAGAUGGGAUGAACCAUGCGGAAUUCUUCAACGAGUGCAAGCCCCCUUGUGCUUAUUUUGUAGCCAAGGACUACGGGCACUUGGACAUGUUGAAUGGUCUAAAGUGGUUUCCCAGGACAAUGAAGGAUAUUUUUGCUAAGAGUGGGACGGGUCCAAUGGAUCUUAUGAGGAGGUCAGUAGGAGGGAUUUUGGUGGCGUUUUUGAGGGAACAUAUGCAAGGUCAUCGUGAGGAUUUAGAAGCUAUCAUCGGUGAUCGAAGUCUUGCUCCUACGACUCUUGAUCCAGUGAAGAGUCGCAUAGGGUCGCACAUGGUCGCAUAG